CUGAGAUCAGCUGAGGAUGGGGAAGAGAGUGUGGGCUUAUACACUCACAUACGCCAACACCCAGAGAGGGAGCAUGGGUUAAGGAGUUUCCCGGCAGACCACCACGUGUCGAGAGUGCCUGAACUUGCCAUCCUCAUGCCAGGAGUCCUGUUCUCAACCCAAUUCUGGAUGCCAGCCUGGGGUUGGGCCUUCACAUCCCCUUGAUCUCUGUGUAUCGAGAGUCCCUGGAGCUUCCUUGGCUGCGGUAGGAGGAAUGGUGACCGGGGCCCCCAAAGCCUAAGCAGGUCCAGCUAUGGCUCCAUCUCCAGCCCACCCAGCCCAGGGCCACAGCAAACACCUCCCAGAACAACCUACCUGAGUGAGAAGGUCCCCAUCCCGGACACAAAACCAGGCACAUUCAGCUUUCGGAAGUUGUGGGCCUUCACAGGGCCUGGCUUUCUCAUGAGCAUCGCUUUUCUGGACCCAGGAAACAUCGAAUCAGAUCUUCAGGCUGGUGCUGUGGCUGGAUUCAAACUGCUCUGGGUGCUGCUCUGGGCCACAGUGUUGGGUUUGCUCUGCCAGCGACUUGCUGCCCGGCUGGGUGUGGUGACAGGCAAGGACUUGGGCGAGAUCUGCCAUCUCUACUACCCUAAGGUGCCUCGCACUCUCCUCUGGCUGACGAUUGAGCUAGCCAUUGUGGGCUCGGACAUGCAGGAGGUCAUCGGCACGGCUAUUGCAUUCAAUCUACUCUCAGCUGGACGAAUCCCGCUCUGGGGUGGCGUCCUCAUCACCAUCGUGGACACUUUCUUCUUCCUCUUCCUUGAUAACUACGGGCUGCGGAAGCUGGAAGCUUUUUUUGGAUUACUUAUUACCAUCAUGGCCUUGACCUUCGGCUAUGAGUAUGUGGUGGCCCGUCCCGCUCAGGGAGCGCUUCUUCGGGACCUAUUCCUGCCCUCAUGCCCUCGCUGUGGUCAGCCUGAGUUGCUGCAGGCGGUGGGCAUCGUGGGUGCUAUCAUCAUGCCCCACAACAUCUACCUGCACUCAGCCCUGGUCAAGUCUCGAGAGAUAGAUCGCUCUCGUCGGGCUGACAUCCGAGAAGCCAACAUGUACUUCCUGAUUGAGGCCACAAUCGCCCUGUCCGUGUCCUUCUUCAUCAACCUGUUUGUCAUGGCUGUCUUUGGGCAGGCCUUCUUCCAGCAAACCAACCAGGAUGCGUUCAACGUCUGUGCCAACAGCAGCCUCCACGACUACGCCAAGAUCUUCCCGCUAAACAACCUUACAGUGAACGUGGACAUUUACCAAGGAGGCGUGAUCCUGGGAUGCCUGUUUGGCCCCGCUGCUCUCUACAUCUGGGCGGUGGGGCUCUUGGCGGCAGGGCAGAGCUCCACGAUGACCGGCACCUACGCGGGACAGUUUGUGAUGGAGGGCUUCCUGAAACUGCGGUGGUCACACUUUGCCCGCGUCCUCCUCACCCGCUCUUGUGCCAUCCUGCCCACCGUGCUGGUGGCCGUCUUCAGGAACCUGAAAGACCUGUCGGGCCUCAACGACCUGCUCAAUGUGCUGCAGAGCCUACUGCUUCCGUUCGCUGUGCUGCCCAUCCUCACGUUCACCAGCAUGCCUGCCCUCAUGCAGGAGUUUGCCAAUGGCCGGCUGAGUAAGGGCAUCACUUCCUCCAUCAUGGCGCUCAUUUGUGCCAUCAACCUCUACUUCGUGAUCAGCUACCUACCCAGCCUGCCGCACCCUGCCUACUUCAGCCUUGUAGCCCUGCUGGCUGCUGUCUACCUGGGCCUCACCACCUAUCUGGUCUGGACCUGUUUCAUCGCCCACGGAGCCACCCUUCUGGUUCACAGCUCCCACCAACACUUCUUGUAUGGGCUUUCUGAAGAGGAGCAGAGGGGAUGAUCUCUAGAUGAAGCAGCCUGGCUGGGGGACGGACUGAGUAGGGUAGACUGGCUGCAAACAAAGGGUGAGAGGGUGGGAAGCAUGGAGGCAGCAAGAUGGAGAGGGAGUUUUGGAAGCAGAACAACCUGGGUUCCACAGGGACAUAGCCUGAACGAGUGAUUAGCCUCAGGGUCUCAGUAUCCUUAUCUGUAAAACUGGAACACCACCAACCUUGCAAUGGAUGUGAAGCACUUUAACACACUGCCUGGCACUUGGGACUUUAAAAAAAAAUCAUUCCAAAGUGUUUAUUGAGUACCUAUAGGAGUGGUCUGACAGAUCAACCCAAUUAGGGGCUGGACAUAGGCUCUAGAUUUGCACUGAAAAUAGAGUCUGGUGAAUGCUAAAUAAAUGCUAGUUCACUUCUCCUCCAAAA